UACCCGUCGAAGUGCCUGGUGACACUGAUCCCGAGGCGUACAGAAAGUGUACGCAUCUGCUAAACGAGGCCCGCAAGAAACACACCGUUCAAGAACUGCAUGCCGUACAGCUGACUGGUGUCUUACCCAUGACUAAGGGUCUAACCGAAGCCAUGAACAAGGCUCACAAGCGUUGUGGCAAACUACAGGCACGCAUUGAGAAGGAUGCGGCGACCGAAGAGAAGGACCGGCUCAGUGAGAUUGCGACUGUGGAGAAACGCCUGACUAAAGAGCUGAAUUUCUUGCACAAGACUAUGUCAGCCGACAACAACAGCAAACCGCUGGAUGAGCGCAAGACCGAUGACGAGAUUAUGAUGCGAGCGCGCAAACUGAAGUGGCCGCACUUCAGUGAGUUCGAUCGCCUUGUCGCACACCAGCAUCUCGAGGACAUGAAGGUAUGUAUGUUAUAA